AUGUUCCAUGCCUCCGGCGACGCCAUCAUCCAGUCAACAGCGAAGAGUGUACCCGGACUCCUGGAGCGAGUCGAGGCCCCGCUUAGCCCCGUGUCCAAGAACCGCCGGAGCUCCAUUCCCAGCCUCUCCAACACCCCUCCAUCUUCCCCCCAACACUCCAAGUUCCCGCCUCAGUGCCAGCACUGUGGGCCCACCUCCAUCCUUCAUUCUUCAGAUCAGUGCCCCGGACGCGCAUCCAAAGCGUUCCGCAGCACCCUCAGAGUCAACGUUAGUGCCAGCUCCGACCGCAGCCAGCGAUUGGAAGCCCAGGCAGACGAAGUCAACGAAGACCGGCUGCUUAACGCAGUCACAAAGGCGGACAACCUGUUCGCAAAACACGUAGCCUUGGACGGCACCAAAGCUGUGGAGCUUCAUCGCUUGGCAGCUCGGAAGGCCAACCUUCAACACCACUACGUCACCACCAAGCAGCACGGUGUGUACGAAGCCAUCAGGGUGAUCCCUGCGGCCCGUCACCCCAAGCCGCGGCGUCAGCACCGGACCGGCCCCCAUACCUCUCCAGUCAACGCCCCUCGCUACCUGCCUGCUGCACCGGUUCCUCGCCCUGCCCCUGCCCCGGUGGUCCGCAACACCACCUGGCGUAAGCAGUAUCGCGCCGACACUCCCAGGCCCCCCCCAGGCUUCGGAGACAACCGGCGUGUGCAUUUUGCCCCUCCGGCAAGAUUGCACCAGGGACCAGUGUAUCAGCACCAGCCCGCACCUCGCUGGUUGGACAGCAAGGCGUACCAGGGCCGCUACCAGCCCGCCCCGUAUCGCCCCCCGUCGCUGUUCCCCAAGUACCCGUAG